UAAUCAUUGCCAACCAUAAGUCCAUAAAGUUAAUCUGUGCCUCCAGCUUCCGAAAUCUUUUCAUCUUUCUGCCUUUCUGUGCUUUCACUUUUCAUUCGAAAAAAUAGUACUAUGUCUUGGAUUUUCGGUUAUGGAAAAAGUGACCAGGGGUAUAGCGUUCCCCCUUCAUCUGGAGAUGGAAGUGCCGGUUCUCAACCUGUUCCUGAGAUGGGACUCUCUAAAGCAGAAAAAAAAGCCAUGGAAGCUUACAGAUUUGAUUCUUCGGCCCUGGAAAGAGCGGCACAGGCUGCUAGGGAAUUAGAGCAAUCAAGACAUGCCAAAGAAGCUCUGGAAUUAUCUAAACUUCAGGAAGCAACUAAACAAAUUGAACAAAAUGCAAAAAUUAAAGAAUAUGAAGCACACAUUGCACAACUUCAAAUUGAAUCUAAAAAGUCUGAAGCAGAAGAAAAACGCAAAUAUCUUCAAGAAGAAACAAGGCAACAUCAACAAAGAGCCCAAUAUCAAGAUCAGUUGGCAAGAAAACGCUAUGAUGAUCAGUUAUCACAACAACAACGAAUGAAUGAAGAAAAUCUAAAAAGGCAAGAAGAAUCAGUUGCUAAGCAAGAAGCAAUGCGUAAAGCCACCAUAGAGCAUGAAAUGGAGUUGAGACAUAAAAAUGAGAUGAAACGUGUUGAAGCUGAAUUGAAAGCCAAAGCAAAGGUUGACAGAGAAAAUAGGGAUCUAACUUUGGAACAAAUAAGGGUGAAAGCUUCUGAAAAUAGAGUAACAGUGCUAGAAAGUAUAAAAACUGCUGGCUCAGUUCUAGGGUCCGGAGCUCAAGUUUUGUUAACCGAUUGGAAUAAGGUUCUUGUAGCAGCCGGAGGAUUUUCCUUAAUUGCAUUAGGAGUUUAUUCUGCUAAAGGUGCCACCGGCGUAACCACCAGAUAUAUUGAAUCUAGGCUCGGAAAACCUUCCUUAGUUAGAGAGACAUCAAGAUUUACACUUCUGGAUGUUUUUAAGGAUCCAUGGCGACAGUUGCAGAAGGUUAAAGAAUUGAAACUGCAAAAGGAGCAAGAUGCUUUAAGUGGAAUCGUUUUGGCCCCAAAACUUGAGGAGAGACUUCGGGACAUUGCUAUAGCUACCAAAAAUACAAAACAAAACAGAGGGAUGUAUAGGAACAUAUUGAUGCAUGGCCCUCCAGGAACGGGUAAAACAAUGUUUGCCAAAAAAUUGGCGAAGCAUUCUGGUAUGGACUAUGCUAUUUUGACUGGUGGUGACAUAGCUCCAAUGGGCAGAGACGGAGUAACUGCUAUUCAUAAAGUUUUUGAUUGGGCUAACUCUUCUAGAAAAGGACUUUUACUUUUUGUUGAUGAAGCUGAUGCCUUCCUCCGAAAAAGAUCAUCUGAAAACAUUUCCGAAGAUCUCAGAGCCACGCUCAAUGCAUUUUUGUAUAGGACUGGCGAGCAGAGUCAGAAAUUUAUGUUGGUACUGGCAUCCAAUACUCCAGAACAGUUCGAUUGGGCUGUUAAUGAUCGUUUGGAUGAAAUGAUAGAGUUUGACUUACCUGGUUUGGAGGAACGUGAAAGAUUGAUGAGACUUUAUUUCGAAAAAUUCGUGCUGCAACCAGCAGCUGAGGGUAAAAGAAGAUUGAAACUCGACAAUUUCGACUACAGUGCGUUAUGCAGCAAAAUGGCCGAAAUGACGGAAGGUAUGUCUGGUAGAGAAAUCGCGAAACUUGGUGUUGCAUGGCAAGCGGCUGCUUAUUCUUCAGAAGACGGAAUUUUGACAGAAAAAAUGGUAAUUGAGAAAUGCGAAUAUAGUGUGAAACAACACAGACAGAAGGUAAAAUGGCAAUCUGAACAAGAGAGGAAGGAAUCCAAAAGUAUAUAUCAGUCCGAGAAAGAGGAUUCAUAUGUAACUGUGGUUCCAAAAGAAAAUAAGAAGAACGAGAGGAUUCAAGUUGAAAGAGAUAGCUGAAACAUAUCUAGUGUGGUAUUGCAGAAAAACAAAAACAAAAUUUCUUAUGUAUUUGAAAAGAGACUUGAUUGAUUUCGUUUAAAUGAGAACCAGAAACUAGUCACUAAAAUAUGAUCAGAAGAUUUGUAUAAAUGUAUACUGAUCGUUGAGUAAUCCGAUAUGUUCAACCUUUUAAACAUUACUGGUAGAAAAAGCAUUUGUUAUUGUUAUAGCUGUUUCUCCAGCUUUUUGUAUUCUUCAUGAGAGAGACUAUUCGAAUGUUUGUACGUAUGGAAUAUUUUGAAUAAGUUUUGAAUGUUAUUAUAAUCAUGAAUUGCACGGUCUUCCUAUGUGACGUAAAUAUUCCACUUUUCAAAUAUAUUUUUUUGCAGUACA